CGCCGCAGUUUCGCGUCAUUCUGCGACUUCAACGGGCCGUGGUAGCGUUGCCCGUAUUUCUCUCCUCCGUAGAAGUGGCUUCGAACUGUCAUUUGUGCUUUCGGUGACGCACCGGCGUGUAGUCGUAGUGGCGCGCGUAUACACUCGCGUGCAUUCCAUACUUCACAGAAUAUUUCACCGAUUUUUUUGUGCCGUGAAUUUCGUUUGUGUCCCGCGCAGACGUCUCUCUUUCCUGGUGACACAGUGAUAUUCGAAAUUUCAUCGGGAUAUUUUUCCACGGCGCGGCGUGCCACUGUCGAUUGAUGGAAAGAGGAAUUUUGUUGCAACUAUGCGUGUUGCACCGUACAUAUAAGCGCGCGGGAUUGCGAUUGUGCUGCUGUUGCUGCUGAGUUACGAUCUACGUGGGAUAUUUCGAUUUACGUUUGAGUUAGUGAUUCGAUUUAGCGUGCGUUUGGGCGCCCAUGAUUUUCAGUCAGCGAUGUCAUCCGGGGAUUGACCGUUUGUUUUCGGGAUAAUUGCCUUCCGAAAUUUUCGACGUCGUCGGUGCGGUGUGUGAUUUAGCGAAACAAAUUGCGGACCGUUCGAGAGAAAUUCCCGUUGCAAAUUCGUUUCCGGCACGCGAUUCAGUAUAACCGCGCCGAAAGCGGCGAGAUACUCAAAGAAGCCGUUGGGUAUAAAAACCGGUGAAAAACGAUCUUGUUGCUUCCGGAUGAUACGGACGUCAUAAUAAGAGGAUCUAACGCGCGGCGCGCUUACGAAGAAAGUGGAAGUUAACGGAGAGUGAGAGUCUUCUUUCUCGAAACUGUUGUGAAAGGAGCUCCCAACUGUUUCACAGCAUCGACCCGGUCGGUCGGUUACGCGUUGCACGCACAGGGACAGGUAUUUCUUCUCACGAUCACACAAAUGUAAUUCUCUCUCUACCUUCGGGGGUAAAUUCAUUGUGAUUCUGAGGACAGAAAAGCGACAUGGACACGAGCACGUUGCGUUUGAUAAUAUUUUUGGGGAUGUUUCUGAUUUUCGCCGGCGAUUAUAACGCGCUGUUCGUCUCGGUUUUCGGCAACGUAUCGGAGAAGAACAAAACCAAUGAUGUCAGAGAACACGAGGCUCAGCUUAAAGAGCCUCACGAUAAAAUAUCAAUUGCCGCAAAAAGAGAUAUCAAUGACAAACACAGUGUUCUACAGCUACGUCGUGCGAAAAUGAUGACGACGAUUAAGACUGCUUGCCUGCCAAAGUUAAUAUGCGAACUCACGUCGUCCGUUCACCAAGAUCAACUGAGCGAAAUGGAGCGAUCUCUUUUGAAUAUCAUAAGAGACACGAGUCUGAGCACGUUGGCAGAAGUGCCGUCGAGAUACCACUUCGCCGCUCACAUGGGUCAACUGAUUUCCGGUAUAGAAGGUCAAGGCUGUCAUAACUUUUAUCCGACAUGUCCACUGCCGGGCAUCAGUGUGUUGAAUAUGAUGAAGAAAAUCCGUUUACAUUGACGAGACGUGACAAGUUAACGAUUGUUUAAAUAUUAAGUGACAUCUGUGAUAUCGAGGAUAUUCUAUUUUCUUAUGUUUGCGAGAUAUUUACUACAAAUGUUAUGCAAACAUUACUAUGUAAAAGUAUUCGUUGUUUGCAAACUUUCUGUUUGAGCAUUCCGAUACUUCACGCAAGAAAUAAAAAAACCACUCACGUGCAUUUACGUGCAUUUACUCAAAACAUAAUAUUGAUGUAUUUAGACGAGAAUUUACUUACAUGAGUCGGUGAUUACAAUCACGUUUUAUAUAAAAAUGCCUUGUUAUCUUAUACAAUAAACUUGUUGCAUUUAUUUCUUUUUUUUUAUAGAAUACAUGACUUUACACACUUAAAAAAUUCUGUAUAUUUGUAUAUAUUUAUGCGUACAACAAUUUGAAUUUGUAUUGUUACUUUAUAUGUACAUGUUAAUACGUAUUUUGUAAGAAGAAAAU